AUGAAGAAACUACAAGUAAACCCCUUCGUCUACUUUCUCGCCAUACUCUUCGGCUCCGGCUCCUGGAUCGCCUUCAACGGUUUGUGGGUGGAGCUGCCAAUCAUCGUGCAGCACGCCCCGGAGGGGUGGAGCCUACCGUCUUACCUGUCAGUCACCCUCUCCAUGGCUAACGUCGGACCAAUCGCGUUCACGCUAGCGAGCGUGUUGGCACCCGGGAGAGUCAGCGUGAAAGCGGUGGUCUACACUAUCGUGUCCAUCGGAAUCGUGUCGUGCGCGCUGCUGCCAUUUUUCUGGAAUUAUACCAACUACAUAGCAGGCGCGAAUCGCAGCGUGGCAUUACUGGUCCUUGCGUUCUUACUAGGAGUGACGGACUGCACCUCCUCUGUCGCAUUCAUGCCCUACAUGGCGGUCUUCACCUCCCCCUAUCUAAACCCUUACUUCAUCGGCGAGGGGAUGAGCGGCCUGGUUCCGAGCUUGGUCGCGCUGGGGCAAGGCGUCGGCGGGAACCCUGACUGUCACAACGUCUCUUUCGUCAACUCCACGGUCGUCGACGGAGUUCUGACGAACAUCACAGAAUACACCAACGUGUACGUCACCAAGGACCCCAACUUCCCAGUCGAGAAUUUCUUCUGGUUCCUCUUCGCCAUGAUGCUGGCGUGCGGAAUCGCGUUCCUCCUGUUAAACCAGCUUCCAUUGGCUAAGAAGGAGCAGGUCGACGCGGCUAUCAGUUGGUAG